AUGGCUACCAAGGGAAUAAAGGCCGGCGACAAGCGGAAGGCCUCGGCGAACGAGAGGAUCAGCUCCAAAGCGCCUCCCAAGAAGGCCAAGAUUGACUCCAAGAGGAAGCCUUUGGAGGAUGAGCUCUCAGACGACAAUGGCGAGAGCAGUGGGUUUUCCGACUCCGAGGACGGCGGCGCUGCCUUGGAAUCCCAGAGGAAUGAUGCCCAGAAGGAGAACAAGUUCAACAAGGCCAAGACUGGCGGCAAUGACAACAAUGGUAACCUCGACAGGACCGGAAUGACGUCCAGAGAAUCGCACGCCAAGCAGAAGCAACUAGCUCAGGAGCGCAAGGCAGCCAAGCCCCUAGCAGACGAGCUCGCCCGGACAAAGAAGCUGUGGGAGAAGCUGAGGAGGAAGUCUCAUGUGCCCAAGGACGAGAGGCAGAAGCUCGUUGACGAGCUCUUCACCAUCAUCACCGGUCGCAUCAAGGAUUUUGUCCUGAAGCACGAUGCCGUGCGGGCUGUGCAGACCGCCAUCAAGUACUCGACCCCUGACCAAAGGAAGCAGAUCGCCAAAGAGCUCCAGGGCACCUAUGCGCAGCUCGCCGAGAGCAGGUAUGCCAAGUUCUUGAUCGGAAAGCUGCUUACCCAGAACGACAAUGAAAUCAGGGAUAUUAUCAUCCCCGAGUUCUAUGGCAAGGUUCGCAAACUCAUCAACCACCCGGAGGCAUCCUGGAUUCUCGACGACAUCUACCGGGGCGUGGCAACGAAGCAACAGAAAGCUAUCAUGCUGCGCGAAUGGUACGGGCCCGAGUUUUCUCUGUUCAAGCAGGGCGCCGGGGCUGCGGAUGGCGAAGUCAGCCCCAAUCUUUCACAAAUUCUGGAGGCAGAACCGAGCAAGCGAGGUCCCAUCCUGAAGCACCUGCUGGACAUGGUCAACUCGCUCAUCCAGAAGAAGAUGACGGGCUUCACCAUCCUGCACGAUGCCAUGCUUCAGUACUUUCUGAACCAGAAGGAGGGUACAGCGGAGCAGAAGGAGUUCAUGGAGAUCAUCAAGGAGGACGAGAACGGUGACCUACUAAAGAACAUGGCUUUUACCAAGUCUGGUGCCAGGUUAGUCUGCCUGCUCCUUGCCUAUGGCAGUGCCAAGGACCGGAAGCAGAUCUUGAAGGUAUACAAGGAUACGUUCCAGCUAAUGUGCGGCGAUCCGUACGGCCACGUUAUCAUCCUCGCUGCUUACGACUUGAUCGACGACACCGUUCUUACUUCCAAGACCAUCUUCCCCGAAAUUCUCGGCAAGAAUGAGGCGAAGGAAGUUGAGAAUAUCAUCUUCUGUGCCAAUGAUCUGAACGCCAGGACCACUAUUCUGUAUCUUUUCGAGGGACCCUCCAAGGCGCUAUUCCCUGCCAGCCAUGCUCAGGAUCUUGAGAUCCUCAAGGAGAUCCACGAGAUCAGGAAGACUACCAGCAAGAAGGACCCGGAGACCAGGCGCAAGGAGCUCAUCGCAGCGGCGUCAUCACAGCUGCUUGCUGCCAUUACUGCGUCGCCGAAUGACCUGGUCUCCACCUCCUUCGGUUGCCAGAUGAUCACGGAUGUGCUCCUGACUGCCAGUGGCGAUAAGUCGGAGGCACUCGAGGCAGUCGCUGCUACCGCAGCAGGCGAGCCGGUCGCCCAAGAAGCUGACGAGACCUAUACACGUGUGCACAUCUCGCAGACCCCUCACGGCGGCAAGAUGUUCAAGACUCUUAUCGCAGGCGGCCGCUUCGACAAGGAGGCCGGCAAGGUCGUCACCGUCGACCCGCCCCUGAAGUUUGCCGACAUCCUCUACCCCCACAUCAAAGACCACGUCGUCUCGUGGGCCACGGGGCCGAGUUCGUUUGUGCCCUUGGCGCUGCUCGAGGCCGAGGACUUCUCCAGCAAGGCCGAGUUGAAGAAGACGCUGAGCAAGAGCAAGAAGGUGCUGCAGCAGGCCGCGACGGAGGAGACGGCGGAGCAGAAGGCCAAGAGGGAAGCGCACGAGAAGGAGGCUGAGAGCAAGGCGGGCAAGAAGGGCAAGAAGAAAGGCGCCAAGCAGGAGCGUGCUGUGGGCAAUGCUGGGUCAAGGUUACUUUUGGAGAAGCUUUGA